AGGCCCGCCUUGUGCAGCCGCCUCGGCGGGACGAGCUGCGUGCGCCUGGGCCUUUAAGGCCGGGCUGAGGAGCGGCGCGCAGCGCCUGCGCAGAGGGGCCGUGACCUCGCUGCCCGUCGGCGCCGCCGGUGACUAUUGGGGCGCCCCCAGCCCCCCGGCGGCAGCAGGAGGCUCCGGCCCCACGGCUAGGCCGGCGGCGGCGACGUGAGCGUUGCCAUAGCGACGCCCCCCUGCCCGAGAUGAUGGAGGGACGGGCGGAGAAGGGCGGCGGGUCCGGCUCGGAGGGCCCGGCGGGUGUGAUCACGGAGAUCCGUGCGCCGGGCCCGCGGCCGCUGCGACUGCUGGAGUGGAAGGUGUCGGUGGGGGCGGCGGUGCAGAUCGGGUCGGUGCUGGCGUUGUGUGCCCCGGUGCCGCCUGUCCCGCCGCCCGUCCCGCCGCCCGAUGCCACCGGCACCACCGGCACCAGCGGCACCAGCACCCGGCCGCAGCGGGCCGGCGUCGAGCGCAAGCUGAAAGCGGAGCGUCCCGGCGUGGUGCGGGAGCUGUGUGCGCUGCCCGGACAGGUUAUCGCUCCCGGGGGUGUCUUGGUGAGACUGGAAGGAUGCAGCCAUCCUGUUGUUAUGAAAGGCUUGUGUGCAGAAUGUGGCCAAGACUUGACUCAGAUACGAAGCAAGAAUGGAAAGAAUAUGCCAUUAUCCACAGCAACUGUGUCUAUGGUUCACAGUGUCCCAGAACUGAAAGUUAGCUCUGAGCAAGCUGAGCAGCUAGGAAGAGAAGAUCAACAGCGACUACAUCGAAAUCGAAAACUGGUGCUUAUGGUUGAUUUGGACCAGACAUUGAUCCAUACAACAGAACAGCACUGCCAACAAAUGUCUAAUAAGGGAAUAUUUCAUUUUCAGUUAGGUCGAGGUGAGCCUAUGUUGCAUACUCGUUUGCGUCCUCAUUGUAAGGAAUUCCUGGAAAAAAUUGCCAAGCUGUAUGAAUUACAUGUUUUUACUUUUGGAAGCAGACUGUAUGCACACACAAUUGCAGGAUUUUUGGACCCUGAAAAGAAGCUUUUUUCCCAUCGGAUAUUGUCAAGGGAUGAAUGUAUUGAUCCAUUUUCUAAAACUGGGAAUCUUAGAGAUCUCUUCCCAUGUGGGGAUUCCAUGGUUUGCAUCAUUGAUGACAGAGAGGAUGUUUGGAAAUUUGCACCCAAUUUGAUAACUGUGAAGAAAUAUGUAUACUUCCAGGGGAUAGGAGAUAUUAAUGCACCUCCUGGAUCAAGAGAAAUUCAAAUGAAAAAGAAAGUAAACCACUCUACGAAUACCGAGCCACUGGAUGCAGCAGCAUCAGUAAAAGAUGCUGAAGAAAUAAAGAGUGUUACGUGUGUAGAAGAACAAAGCAACGGUCUCAAGAAAGCUACAAAAGACAGUUGUACUGCAAAUGGGAGUAUUUCUGUAAACUGUGAAACACAUGACUUUGAUUUGAACUCUCGUGAUAAAGUUAAUGCCCAGGAGUCCUUAAAUGAUAGCACUGAUCACAAAAAGGACAGUGAGGUCACUAAUGAUUUGCCAACUGCAAAAGAAUCUCGGAUUUGUUUAGAACAAGUUGACAGAACAGUUGUAGAGAAGCAGCAGACCCAAGACAAGACAAAUUCCUUGGACUUUGAGCUGUCUAGUGACAGUGAAAGUGAAGGUGGAUUGGAUACCAGAAGCUCAUCCACUUCUGUAUUAGAUACUGAGAUUGAGGAAAAGAGAAGCUGGAAGAAAUCCAAACAAGUUCAGCAGGAUGAAAAUUUGCAGACAGGGAGUUGUGCUGAUAUAAGUGAGAAAAAGGAUGGUCUGGUGAACCAUUCUGGGGACAUGCAGUCUUUACCUAGUGAAAAUAUUAAUGAGAAAAAUGAUCUUGAAGCUCAAGAAGAAAGUGAACAGGAAAGCCUCUGUGAUUUAGGAAAUGGGUGUGCAGACAAGAAAGAAGCUGAAACAGAGUCUCAGAAUAGUGAACAAUCUGGUAUUACAAUGGGUGAGUCCCUAGACCAGAGUAUGGAGGAAGAAGAAGAGGAGGAUGAUACAGAUGAUGAUGACCAUUUAAUAUACCUUGAAGAGAUCCUGGUGCGGGUUCACACUGAUUAUUACACAAAGUAUGAUAAAUACUUAAAAAAAGAGAUUGAGGAAAUUCCAGACAUCAGAAAAAUAGUACCAGAACUGAAAAGUAAAGUGUUGGCAGAUGUAACCAUAAUAUUUAGUGGCCUCUACCCAACAAACUUCCCCAUUGAGAAGACACGGGAACACUAUCAUGCCACAGCACUUGGUGCUAAAAUUGUGAAGAAUCUAGUACUGAGUGCUGAUGAUCCUGACAAAGCAACGCAUCUCAUUGCAGCAAGGACAGGCACAGAGAAAGUACGACAAGCUCAGGACUGCAAAGACCUCCAUGUUGUAAACCCUGACUGGCUGUGGAGCUGUCUGGAGCGCUGGGACAAGGUAGAGGAACAGCUCUUUCCCUUGAAGGAUGACUACAUCAAAACACACAGAGAGAAUAGCCCUGCCAUAUUUCCUGAUACACACAGCACAUUUCAGACCACUCUGUUUCACCCAACACCUAUCCAUCCCAAGUCUCAACCUGGUCCUGAAGUUCGACUUUAUGAUCCUAACACUGGGAAGCUCAUCAGGAAGGGUGCUCAGCCCUCUGGCCAGUCGAUGUACAUCCAGCCUCCAGCUCCUCUCAUCACCUUGCCAGUCCAUGGUGAACAUUCAUCCUUCAGAGUUGUUCAGCCUCAUCAGGAGAUGUUUGAAGAAGACGACCUACCAGCAAGUGAAAAUGAAGAGCAGCCUGGUCCAUCUAAGCGGAAACGCCAGCCAAGUAUGUCUGAGACAAUGCCUCUGUACACUCUAUGUAAAGAGGAUUUAGAGAGUAUGGAUAAAGAGGUGGAUGACAUCUUAGGAGAAGGCAGUGAUGAAAGUGAUAGUGAAAAAAAAAAGGCCGAAGAAGGUGAAAAACCUCAGACUAAUGCACCAGAGACUCUUGGAAUGAAAACAGAUCAGAGACCUGUAUCAUCAUUGUCGUCAUCAUCAUCAUCAUCAAGUGAAAGAAGCUUAACAGAGAGUAUACCCAGGGGUCACAAGCGCAAACUGGAUGAAGAUGAUGCUGCCAGUGAAUCCAGUAAAGAAUCCAGCAUUGAAGAUGAGGAAGGAAGCAGUUCUGAAGCAGAUGAAAUGGCAGCAGCACUUGAAGCUGAAUUGAAUGACUUCAUGUGAUAUUCAUGCAGAAGAUGGAGUUUGUAAUUACAUUUUGUAAUUGUAAUUGCAAAGGAGUAUAUAGUUAUGUAAACAGAUUGGACUUCAGAUGAGUCCCUUAUGUCAGUACUCAAUGUGUUCCCAAAACGUGUGUGUAUAUUUUGCAAAACAACACAAGAGGUGACACGUUAUUUUACAAAAUCAGAAGUAGAUGUUUUUAAGGUGUUUUAUUAAAGGAAAACAUACUUUUUUAAGCGAACAAAAAAAGUAUUAAAUGGGACUUGGUGUGCUAUGUCAAAGACAUGAUAGGAACUCUGCAGAACCUUCAUAUACAGGACAAUGACACAAAGAUUUGUGAUUAAACUUACAGCAACUUUUUGCAGAAUAAUUGCAGUGUGUGGUUUAUGAGUAAAGGUCUCCCCCCAAAAAAGGAGGAGAUAAAGGAGAUGGACAGUACAGCAGGAACCUGAUGAACAGGUCAUCCUUUUCCACAAAUAAAUACUAUCAAAUAUAAAAGGAUUUUUAAAUAAAAAAGAACGAUUUAUAUUUGUACAGAAACAGAGAAUGUGAUAUGCAAGCUUUGUGAGCUCUGCAUUCAACCCACCUGUCUUUUGAGUCUGAGAGAAUAUAUAAUGAUCAAAACUCAUGUUUUUCAGUUACCUUGUGGAAUAGUUGGAUUCUUUAGGGACAUCAUUUAGAUUUUUAACUUUUAUUCUAUGUAAUUUAGAACAGCAUAUUGUGUGAUCCUGUAUGGCUAUAAGAAGCGUAUUCACCCAUUUGUGUUGUCUUGGGAAGAACGUGUGCUCCUUCAGUCUAGAUAGAAUAUAAUUUCUUUGAGAAGAGAUCUGAUGUAAAGUCUUUGUAUAUUCUAUUUCAUAUUUGACCCACAGAACAGAUUUUCUUUCAU